AUGGGGACACCUAUGCGAAGGUUCACAGCUUCAAACUUGGGUAUAAGAAGACCAAAUGAGAAUAUGAGGCUGAUUGUAACAACCUUCGUUGGGCUUGUUUUCGGCUUCUUUUUAGGUGUUUCAUUUCCUACCGUUUCCUUGUCAAAGAUGAAUAAGCCGUCCAGCUUUUUUCCUUCCAUUGAUCUUACCCAUAUUGAGGACAAGUACUCGGGUCUCUCAACCCAAGCACUGUUAAAUAUCUGGUCUUCUCUUAAGCGUAACAGAGGCAUCUCACACAAAUUUAAUAAUAAUAAGAUAUGGGCUCCAACUAAUCCACGAGGUGCUGAGGGACUGCCUCCAGGCAUUGUUGUAGCCGAGUCUGAUUUACAUCUCCGCAGAUUGUGGGGUCUUCCCAAUGAGGACAUUAUUGUCAGACCAAGGUAUCUUGUAACUUUUACAGUCGGCUAUGAGCAGAAAAAAAACAUUGAUGCUAUAGUGAAAAAGUUGACAGAAAACUUUACCAUUCUUUUAUUUCACUAUGAUGUUGUAAUGGAUAUUCUGGUGUAUGUAAAACGUAUUUCUUAUCCUGCAAGGUGGUACGCCAAGCGUUUUCUGCACCCUGACAUUGUUGCACCAUAUGAUUACAUAUUUAUCUGGGACGAGGACCUGGGGGUGGAAAAUUUUGAUCCGGAGGAAUACAUAAAACUGGUGAGGAAGCAUGGUUUAGAUAUUUCGCAGCCUGGUUUAUCCCCAGAUAGUGGAAUGACAUGGCAGAUGACAAGAAUGCGAAAUGACACGGAAGUUCACAAAGAAACAGAGGAAAGACCAGGCUGGUGCAAGGAUCCUCAUUUGCCACCCUGUGCAGCAUUCGUCGAGAUCAUGGCACCCGUGUUUUCUCGCGACGCAUGGCGCUGUAAUGAUUUGGUUCAUGGAUGGGGUCUUGAUUUUGCUCUUAGGAAGUGCGUAGAGCCCGCUCAUGAGAAAAUAGGAGUGGUAGAUUCUCAAUGGAUUGUUCAUCAAACUGUUCCUUCACUCGGAAACCAGGGUAUGGCAGAAAACGGCAAGGCACCAUGGGAAGGGGUAAGAGAGAGGUGCAGAAAUGAGUGGGCAAUGUUUCAAGAUCGCAUGAAUGGGGAAUCGAGUUACGAGAAGAGCAACGGUGUCGCUCCCUCAAUACAAUAA